AUAUUAACAAACAAAUUUCAAAAAUGGAGAAUAUAUUUCCAUUAAUUCUACUCUUUAUUCUAAUACUAAAUACAAUUCAAGCAACAAAUUAUAUUCCGACAGAUACUAUUCUAUUAGAUUGCGGAUCAUUCGACCUUCAAGCAACAGAUUCAAACGGUCGAAAAUGGAGGUCCGACAGUAAUUCCAAGUUUUUAUUAUCUUCUAAACGUUCAUUUAAAGCAAAUGCCGGUACUCAAUCGCGUAAUAUUAGUACAAUUCCUUACAUCUCGGCUAGGGUUUUCCAAUCAAAUCUAACCUAUUCUUUUCCGGUUUCAUCUGGACGUAAAUUUCUUCGAAUUCACUUUUAUCCUAACACGUAUUCGCGAUGGAAUUCGAGUAAUGCGAUUUUCUCUGUUACUGCUGGAUCUUAUACCUUGCUUCGAAAUUAUAAUCCCUUGAAAAAUGCCGAAGAUUUAGGGGUUAAUUACGUUGUUAAGGAGUACUCGAUUUAUGUGGAGAAUGGAGAGUUGAUUGUAACGUUUAUUGCGUCGGAAAAGGCGUUUGGGUAUGUAAAUGGAAUUGAGGUGGUGUCGAUGCCGAGCAUGUAUGGUGAUGAUAAUAUUGAUGGAGUGAGUAUUGUGGGUGCGGCUACUUCUUUUCUGAUUGAUAAUUCCACUGUUCUUGAGAGUUUGUACCGGCUUAAUGUGGGUGGUACUUAUGUUUCUCCCGCCAAUGAUACGGGCCUUUUUAGGUCAUGGUACGAUGACACGCCAUACAUAUCAAGCAUACAAAUUGGAUCACCCAACACAAUUGAUCCUGAUGUAAACAUCACCUUCCCAAAAUCCCUACCUUCCUACACUGCACCAAUCAAUAUGUACUCAACAGCAAGAUUCAUGACACCAAACAAUAAUCUAAACCUCAAAUUCAACCUAACAUGGUCAUUACCAAUUCAUUCAGGAUUUGCUUAUUUGGUGAGAUUACAUUUCUGUCAAAUCUUAUCCUACAUUAAUAAGGUUAAUCAGAUUGUUUUUGAUGUUUAUAUCAAUAAUCAGACUGCGGUUUCUGAGGUUGAUGUUAUUGCGUUGGCACAAAGUAAUGGGAUUCCUUAUGUGAUGGAUUUUGUUGUCAUUCUUCCUGUUAAUGAAGAUAAUGAUGAGCAAGAUUUGUGGGUUGCUUUGCAUCCUAAUAUAAGGAAUAAGCCUCAGUAUUAUAAUGGUUUUUUGAAUGGGUUGGAGAUUUUAAAGAUUAAUAAUACUGAUGGUACUUUGUAGCAGAGUAUGAGAAAGGGGUCAAUCUGAAUCGAAUUAAGUGCUUUGAAUUGCAUUUUAGAUGGAAAAAAUAGGUUACGUAUAUGGAUUUAAUAAAUAAUUGUACUAAUUUAAUUAUAAAUAUGAUGUGAGAUUUUUAUAUUUGUAGGGACAAAUAAAAUAUUAUAUAUGUUCAAUUUAUAGUUACUUGUUGGGUUGUUAGUUGUUAGUAAUUCAAUUAUAUAAAUAAAAUAUUAUAAUAUCUUGAUCUUGUUUGGGUUCGGGCCACAUCAUGAUAAGCAUUAUUUAAUGCUAUCAAGAUGAGUAUACUGUAUACCUUUACUUGACACAUUUAGACAUUUUAUUAAAUAUUUUGUAUGUAUUUCAUUUUGUACUUGGAGAAAAUUGAGUUAAAA